UGUAUCAUCUCACACGCGUGGAUGCACCGAGGGCUGGCGGAAACCCGGGUGAUUAAGCAAAUCGAACCGCACACACUACACACCACGACCACAUCCUUCCGCCCCACUACAUCGCAGUCCACCCGGAGCGCUGCUACGAUAAAGGAGAUAUGCGCAGAGCGUGGCCGUGAGUGGUAUCAGUGGAACCUAGUGAAGGGAUAAGUAACAAAACUUUGAACUGUGGAAAGGUGUACAACAUUGUGAUGAGUGUUGCCCAUUUUGGAAUAUGCUUCGACAAUCUUCAUGCUACAUAUUUCGCCGGUCAACAUGUCACAGGAAAAGUUGUUAUUGAGUUACUGAAAGAGAAAAAGAUACGAGCUGUAGACUUGAAAUUUUUUGGUGAAGCAAAAGUUCAAUGGUCCGAAACAAGUGGUGACAGCACAACAUAUUACAGUAAUAAUGACGUUUACUUAAAAAAUUCAGUGACUCUUGAAGGAGGGACAAGUUCAGAUAUCUCUUUACCUCCGGGAACACAUUCUUAUCCUUUUAGAUUAAUAUUGCCGUUGGACCUUCCUUCUUCGUUCGAAAGUAAACAUGGGUACGUACGCUACACUGCAAAGGCAGCAAUACGACGUUCUGGGAGAUUCGACCACCAUUGUAAAUCUGCAUUUACAGUUAUUUGUCCUUUGGAUUUAAACAAUGAACCUGACGUACAGGAACCUGUGCAGAAAAAAGAAGAAAAGAGAUUAUUCUUCGGUCUUGGCGGUUCCCCUAUCAGACUGGAGGUAUCUCUGCCGUACUCAGGAUACGUACCAGGGCAGAAAUGUGAAGCAGAUUUUGAAUUCGAAAAUAGAACUACAAACAAUGUGUCACUUAAGGCUUAUAUUGUUCAGAUAAUUAAGCUCAAAGCCAAAGGUUAUGGGGAAAAAAUUGAGAGAAAUUCAAUCUGCAAAAAACCAAUUGGCGAAUUUUCUUCACAAAAUUCUAUGAAAUCUGGUGUUGGAUUGCAAAUACCCGUUGUUCCGAAUUCAUACCUGCGCUAUUGCAAAUUCAUCGAUAUUUCUUACAUGUUUGAGAUCAAAGGACGCGUAUCUGGAAUGCAUCGAAAUAUGUGUGUCAGUAUACCAAUUGUGAUAGGUUCGAUACCUCUGAGAACACAAUUUAAUCAUAUCCAAUGGAAGCAAUAUCACCCUCUUCCAAAGAAUGAGAAACUUGGAGAAUUACCACAUUCAGAGGAAUAUCAGGCAGAAACGUCUUCAACAGCGACAUCUUCUAGCUCUAAUCCCUUUUUCAACUACCCAGAAAUGCCUCCACCCUCUUAUGAAGAGUGUAUUGAAGGAACAAACAAUAUACGAAAUGAAGAAGACAAUGAAUAUGUUCGAGGUGCCACGACAUUUACUCCUCGAUAUCCGGGGGAUAGCUCAGAGCCAGAGCGCUGGCCGCCUCGCACACAGGAAACGGGACUCAGCCUGGUUCGAAUCCUCGACGCGCAGACGCUCGUUUGUGAAACGCGCACCGCACCCCAGCCUCACAGCAUCCGCACCGUCGCACGCGCUACCGCCCGUCGCCGCCAGAGCGCGCGCGCACUACCGCCAGCCUUCGCCACCAGAGCGAGCCACCGCACGCGCUACCGCCAGCCUUCGCCGUCGGUGCGCGCCACACACGCUACCGCAAGUCUUCGCCAUCAGAGCGCCACCGAAAGGUUGGCAGCCUGUGGGGGGAGGGGGUUUACCUCGGAUGUUGACAUCCGGGCUUUGACCCCGCCCAUUUCGCGCGGGGGCUUUCUGGCCCGUUAUAAUUGGUGGUGCCGGUUGUUGACACCGGAUGUUGUGGGUCUGGAACCGGAAGUGGCUUAUCUUAUCUACUUUCUGAGCCCGAACCCGCCAAUUCCCCCUACUAAGGAAACCAUUUACUGCAUUGUGGGUUGCCUGGCGAUGUUGGUAGUGGGUGUACUCAUUCUAAUGAUUUGGUUAAAAGAAAAAGAUGCCCCUUUAUUUCCUGCAUUUCUUGCAGCCUUUUGUUCAUCAGUAAUAUUUGUGUUGGAUACCAUUUUCCGAUUCAAGAGAGAAGAUGAAAUGAUUGAGACAUCUGAGCAACAAAAGUAGAACAAAUACAAUUUCUUCAGCAUGUUUAGCCUAUAUUAAAUAUUUUGAUGGCAACAGCCAUUAUUUUGUGUAAUGAUGUUUAUUAAAUAUACUUAUUAUAUAUUCAAAUUUCAAUAUUUAUUGCACUGAAUAACUAUAACAAAAUUAAUAACAAACACUAGUUGUCAUAGUAUAAGUUAUAAGUGUGAAUCUUUGUAAUACUAUAUUAGAUCCUAUUACUAUUUUAUUAUUUGCUUUCAUCAUGAUUUAAUUAAGUAUGAGAAAUGAAACAAAAUCAAACAAACUGAUUUUAUUUAUUCAUUAAAAGUAGAGCCGAAGUCAAGUGCAAUCCAAAAUUGGACCAAAACCAAGUUAUUCCUUAAUACAAGAGUUAAUUACAUUUGUUAUUUGAACAUUUUUAGUGCCUAAAAUUUGCUGUAUUUCAACCUACCAAAAAAUUUUCAUUUGUUGAUUUUCCCCAAUUUGGUCUGCAGUCUAUGUUUUCAAUUGUACCUCUGGGAAUUUUAGAUCAAUGAAUUUUCAAUGACAUUUUAACUUAAAUGAAUGAAUGAAUUCAAUCAGUAACUUUGCCUGAAAUACAGUUGUCUUAAUUCAAAAUAAGAUUCAUUUUAGUAUUUACAUUAUCACAGGAAAAAUUAUUUUCAAGCAGAGAACAAAAGAACACCGUCCAGUGAAGGCAGGUUGAGAUUGUGUACCAAACAGGUUGAAAAUACAAGAACUAAGAGACAACUUAUAAAAACAAGCAUGCCAAUACAGCACUUUAUAUGUAAAGCCUGCUAUCCAAAAUCCAAUACCAACAUCAAAUAACUCAAUAAACUUCUAUUGAAUGAUGACUAUACAGUGAUAUUGACUUUACAGUGUUAAAAUGCACAAGAUUCACAAAUCAGGAUUAAUUGCAUCAUUUGAUAAUUGAAUUUCAAUUUUUGAUAUACUAUUUGAAGAAACGUGUUAUGUACAUUCUUCUUUUAAAUAUAUUUCUUUGUUUGAGUAAUAUUUGUCCAAAUAUUUAAUUUAAAAAAACUAUUAAAUGGACAAAGCCUUUGUAGAAUUUGGGAAUUAUUCUCGGGUUAAUUUGUGUUUACUUUAAUGAUAAAUGAUCUAACCAACACCACUCUCUUCAAAUCUCUAUGCAGAUGGUGUUACAUAGAAAAUGCAAUUCAGCAAUAGAGAACAACUAAAAAUUCAGUUAAUUGAAACUGAUGGUGCACAACACUGAUUUUCAGUCAAUGAAUAAUUCAGUCUAUUGAAUGAUGCAAAAACUGGAAUAAUGCACAUCUGUCUCAAUGAAAUAAUUAUAUGAGUCGUCAUUGCCAACAAUAUUGUUUAUUACAAUAGCAACUUUCGAUGGCUUCGCCAUCAUCAUCAG